AUGCCUUCCAAUUCUUAUGGAGGGGCAAAGCAUGGCAACUGGAAGAAGAACAGUGGUGGUACUUCUCAGAGUACCGCAACUACUCUAGUUUGUUCCAAGUGUGGGAUACCUCACUCAGGGAAGUGUUUGUUGGGUUCUGGAGCUUGUUUUCGUUGUGGUAGGAUGGGACAUCAAAAGAAAGAUUGUCGCAUGCCGAUGAAUAGCGGAGCUCCACAACAGCCAUAUGGAGGAGGUGCUCAGGUUAGGAGAUUACUUUUGGAGGGAUGCGAAGGGUAUAUGGCAUUUGUGAUAGAUACGCCGGCAGGGGAACAUGAACUGGACAAGAUUCCUGUUGUGUGCGAGUUUCCAGAUGUGUUCCCAGAGGACUUGCUGGGAUUACCUCCAGAUCUUGAGGUGGAGUCUGGUAUAGAGUUAGCUCCAAGUACGGUGCCGAUAUCAAAAGCUUCGUAUCGUAUGGUGAAAACAAAGGUGUAG